AUGCUCGCUUGUCAGAAUUCUCUCAAGACAAGGGUCGCCAACGGGCAGCUCUGCAAGGCCCUUGGUGUACGACUCAUCACAAACCCUCAAGUAGUACAACUAGCCAAGAAUGCAAAUUUCGAUAGUCUCUUCAUCGAUUUGGAACACUCAACGCUCUCUCUCGACGACGCAGGCAAGUUUUGUGGUGCUGGACUUGCUCUCGGCAUAACGCCAUUUAAAGUCCUCGACGCAGGUGCCAUGGGAAUAAUCUUUCCUCAUGUACAAAACUCGGAUGAAGCAAAGGCAGCUGUGGCCAUAUCGAAAUAUCCCCCUCAAGGCUGUCGCUCAAUCACCGGCCAACUACCCGCCCUAUCCCUCAAGUCCUACCCUCAAGCCGAUGUGAUCCGAGAGACCAACGAGCACGCAUCAUCAGUGUUCGUCAUGAUAGAGAACGAGGGGGCCGUCCAAAGAGUAGAGGAGAUCGCCGCCGUGGAGGGAGUCGACGUUGUGCUAAUUGGGUCCAAUGACUUGGCUAUCGAACUUGGUGCCCCUGACGAUUUUCGCAGCGACAGAUUUCGCCAGGCUUUGAUGCGGGUGAGCAAAGCAUGCAGGAAGUAUGGAAAGGUUAUGGGUCUUGCGGGUAUCUAUGGUACGCCUGAUAUUCACGAUUGGGCUAUUCAUACAUUGGGUGUGCGGUUCAUGCUGUGCCAGCAAGAUUCAGGGUUGAUCGCGGGCGCUGCAGCGAAAUGCUUGGCUGCUGUAGAAAUGGUUGAGAAAGCCCCUUCAUCAAAGUCGACGAAUGGGUCAACUUAA